CACCACUUGACCAUUCGCGCCACGACUUAUCGCCAUGGACCCGAAGGAACGGAAGAAGCUUGAGCGACAGAAGAAGAAGGCCAAGGCCCUGGAGCGCAAGAGCGCUAAGAAGCCCAAUGUGGCAUCGUUGAAGCCUGUGUCACAGCCUACUACAUCCCACAAGCGACCGAGUGAGCCAUCGGGCAGUAGUGCCGCGCCUCCAGCCAAGAAACAACAGAUCGAGAAGGCCAAACCCCUCCCCGUACCCUCCAACUACACGGGUCCUGAGAAAUUCCUCACGCCGUCACAUCCCGACUUCCAUGACAUCCUCACCCGGUCGUACGUUGGGUUUGUGCACGAGCCUGCGGCCGCGCAGCCUCGCGAGUUCCACGCGGGCAUGCGUGCCGCGUUCGAGCACCUUCGUGACAAAGGGUACUUUCAGUACGACGUCGUCAUGGCCGGCGGCAAGCACUUGUCAAGGACGUUUGUGCGGCGCACCCUUGUGGGCAAUUUUGGUACUAACUCAACCAUCAACGUUAAAAAACGUUAAGCAACAAUGUCGCCUCAUAUGAAUCUAGGCAUCACGUACAAGUACUUGGGCCUCCGCAUCUUUGCGCAUGCGUGGGACGUUCCGUCGAGCGCCGCCGUGUUCCGCAACCUGUACGCGUUGAACCAGGCCAUCGUGGCCCGCACCAAAGCAUCCGCGUCGCCGGCGCCGCCAUCCUGCGAGUACAACUUGACGUUGAUCAACUACAUGGAGCCGGACAAUCCGGUGUUGGGGCUCAAGGACGAUCUGACGUACGAUAUGGGCAAAGUGAGCGUGAGUUGGCACGCCGACUCGUCGCUGGAGGACUUUUCGUCCAUCGGAGUGUACCACACGUUGCUCCCCACCAAGAAGAGCAAGAAAGGGCCGUGCGACUGGCGCAUCGCUAUGAGGCUGUCCCCAGACGUACCUGGCGCCAAGACGACCCCGCCGUUGGUGGUGCCCACGGGAGAUGGCGAUGUGUAUUACCUCAACGGAGACUUCAACCAUCACCACCAGCACAUGGUCCUCUCUGGCACUGCUGUCCGAGUGAGCAGCACGCAUCGGGUGGCUGUGACGGCCGAAGACACGUUGCAGUACAUUCAGGCCAAAGUCACCGCCGCGUUGAAGAGUAGCGCGAAGGAUCCGCAGGACAAGUGCCGUCGCGGCCACGCCGACGACGUUCGGCACGAGCAAACGACGGUAACGACGUUAGAAAUGGACUGGCUGCGCCAAUAUUGGAUCCAAGGCGACAAGCACAACGACCUCCAUGUCGACUGGCAGCAGCCCAUGUUGGCCCUCGAAGCCAGCUGGCGCAAACUCGAAGCGCGCACGAAAACGUUGGCAGACGCCCUCGUUCAGUCGCAUGACGUUGACGACCUCAAGGUGCUCAAGGCCGUGCUGGAGGGUCUGCGCAACCGGCAAGUGGGCCGCGACCAGUUCGUGCAUCGCAUGAAGGACAAAGUGUUCAAGCGCAUCGCCGCCGACUUCCAGCCGAUGGAGCGGCCAGUGUGGACUGAUUGGGACGACGUCCAUUUGCUGCCAAAGGAUCUCACGGCGACAAUCGCCGCGCUCCAUGCGCAUAAACUAGUGUUGGAGAGUGAAAAGAAGAGGCAGUGGAAGAUCCACGCGGGCACACGGCACAACAAAAUUAAUAAAGCGUAAACACGCUAAAAGUUAGUUCCCAUUAUUGUCAUGUGGAAUCAUAAUAUGGGCCAACUUUUCAC